GCCUCCCAGCCUAGGCUCCUUUGUUCUUCCAACAAAGUGCUUAUAAAAGAUCAAGAACUUUUACAACAUGCCCAACAUUAACCACAGACCUGCAAAAUUCCACCACCACCACCACAACAACAGCAAUUCAGAAGCUAGCCAUGGUUCCUCAUGUCCCGAGCGACUCCGAGUCCGACGACGACCGACAACCGCCACCGACAACGCCGAGGCCGAGGCCGGGGCCGACGACGGUGCUGAGGCUGCCCCGCAGGCAGAGAUCGCUCCACAGGCUCCUCGGCGGCCAGAAAGUGGCGGACGUGGUGCUGUGGAGGGAUAGGAACCGGUCGGCGGCGAUCCUGGCCGGGGCGACGGCGGCGUGGUUCCUCUUCGACGUGGCCGAGUACAACGCCGUGACGCUGCUCUGCCACGCCGCGCUCCUCGGGAUGCUCCUCCUCUUCGCCUGCUCCAUCAUCGCGCCCCUCUUCGACAGGGCAGGGCCGCGUGUCCCGGAGGUGAUCGUGUCGGAGCAGGCCUUCAGGGAGGCGGCGCUGGCCGUGCACCGGAAGCUGGAGCGCUCCGUGGCCGUGCUCUACGACAUCGCCUGCGGGAAGGACCUCAAGAAGUUCCUCACGGUGAUCGGGUCUCUGUGGGUGUUGGCGAUCAUCGGGGACAACUGCAGCUUCACGACUCUGGUGUACGUGGUGUUUUUGUGUGCUCUGACCUUCCCGGCGUUGUACGAGAGGUACGAGACGGAAGUGGACCAUCUGGUGGCCAGGGGCGGCGAGGACCUCAAGAAGUUCUACCGGAGGGUGGACUCCGGUCUGCUCAACAAGAUACCGAGAGGCCCUGUCAAGAGAAGAGUUUACUAGGAGGUGUCUCGGCGCAAUGCAAUGCAAUGGAUGCAGAUGGGAAAUGGACUCGGGUGUCAUGUUUCUGUUUACAACUUACAAGUCGUGAGGAGAGAUGUUACAUUGCCUGUUAAACUGUUUGAUGUACAGGUGAUGGAAGUUAAUGAGAAUUGAGUGUUGCUCUUGGCUGCUCUAUUUGUUUUCAUAA